AUCGCGGAGCACUCAUCCUCCCUACAGAGCUGAGGAGCCUCGGAUUCAAAGAGCGCGUCGAUCGGCCCCAGGGCCUCCAAGACCCUGGCAGUUAUUCCCGACUACCUACCUACCCCCCGCGGCUUCCCCUCCACAUCGCCGCCGAUGGUCUCGCCCACUCGGAGCGCAGCCCACGUAGGUGGCGGCGCGGGGCGGGCGCGGCGAAUCGCGGACUUGCUGGGCGACCGGGCGGUGCGGUCGGUGCACCCGGUCUGCGCCGCCGCGGACCUGGCUCAGGUGUAACGGGAGCGCAAGGCCGCGGCCCGGCGGUGUUGGAGGCCGGUCUGCAUGCAGCCAGCAGCUGGGAGCCUCGCGGCUUGCUCAUGCUAACCUUGAACUUUGAGCAAUCCUGCCUUAGGCUACUGAGUACUAGGAUUACAGACUAAGAAAAAAAUGGCCCUGUUAGCCCAACAGAUACCCAGAUGGUUCAACUCAAUUAAAUUGAGUAGCUUCAUUAAACCUGCGCAAAUCACAAAACACUCUGCAAGACCAGGAAAAACAUUGUCAAGUGGCUUCUCAUCUCAGGCUCUGUUGUCCUCUGACAAUUGCUUACUCCAGUGUGGAAUUAAGACUUAUAGGACUUCCUCAUCUUGGAAUAGUUUCCAUUCUGCCAACUCCAAUAGACAAGAGAGCAGUUCUGUGCAAAGCACUCUGCUUGCUUCAGUGAGUGAAAAACCAGACAGGAUAUCCAGUUUUGACUCUGAGCUGCCUCUUGAAGAACUGGAUGACUUACCUCCAUUGUCUCCAAUACAACCAAUUUCAGAGGAGGAAGCUAUUCAGAUUGUUGCACACCCUCUGUUGCCCCUAUCCUCCUUCACACUUGGAGACUACGUAGAUCAUUCCAAGACUCUGCAGCAGCUAGUGCAGCUUGGAGUGGAUUUGUCUAGGAUAGAAAGACAUCUAGAUGUAGCCAACCUCCUUCUAAGACUGGAUUUUGAAAAGGACAUUAAGCAAAUACUCCUAUUUCUUAAAGAUUUGGGUUUAGAAGAUAACCACCUGGGACCAUUCCUGACAAAAAAUUAUACUAUUUUCUCUGAAGACCUUGAAAAUCUUAAGACAAGAGUAGCUUAUCUACAGUCAAAACAUUUCAGUAAUGCAGAUAUCGCACGGAUGGUCAGACAGGCACCAUUUCUCUUGAGCUUCUCGGUGGAAAGACUGGAUAACAGACUGGGAUUUUUUCAGAAAGAACUUGAACUGAGUGUGAAGAAGACUAGAGAUCUGGUUGUUCGUCUUCCAAGGCUACUAACGGGAAGUCUGGAGCCUGUGAAAGAAAAUAUGAAGGUUUAUCGCCUUGAACUUGGUUUUAAACAUAAUGAAAUUCAACAUAUGGUCACCAGAAUCCCAAAGAUGCUAACCGCAAACAAAAGGAAACUUACGGAGACUUUUGAUUAUGUACACAAUGUGAUGAAUAUUCCCCACCACAUCAUUGUCAAGUUCCCACAGGUAUUUAAUACAAGAGUAUUUAAAAUUAAAGAAAGACACUUGUUUCUUACCUACUUGGGAAAAGUGCAGUAUGAUCCAGCAAAACCUAACUAUGUCUCUUUGGACAAGUUCGUAUCUGUUCCUGAUGAAGUAUUCUGCAAAGAGAUUGCCAAAACUUCAGUAAAAGAUUUUGAAAAAUUCUUAAAAACGCUUUAGUUUUUGAUGAAAGUUUAAAUAUAUUCUUGUAAAGUAAAUGUAUACAUGAAUAAAUCAGUGUAUUUUUUAAAAAUAAAUGCCUCAGUUUUCAAUAUUGAAAACAUUUUUCUCAUAAUUCUCAUUUUUGGUAAUUUUUUGGUUUGGUUGGCUUUUUACAUUUAUUAUUAAUUUUAUUAGAAGAAAUUACAUCACUUUCCCCCUUUCCUUCCCUCUCUCCAGAUUCUCUCAGAUACUCUCUCUCCCCUACUUCCCAUACCCUCCCUCAAGUUAAUAGCUCCCUUUUAUUACUGUUAAGUGCAAGUAUACAUGUAUAUAUGUGCAUGCACAAAUAUACAAAUACAGUGUGCUGAGUCUUUUUGUUGCUUGUGUGUAUAUGGUUUCAGGGUUCAUCAUUCUGCAUUAGCUAACUGUCUUAGUCACUUUUCUGUUGCUGUGAAGAGAUACCAUGACCAAGGCAACUCUUAUAAAACAGAAUUUCAUUGGAGGGUUGUUUACAGUUUCAGAGAUUAGUCCUUAUCAUCAUGACAGGGAGCAUAGCAGCAUCCAAGGAGAUAUGUGCUGGAGAAGUAGCUUUGCGUUCUACAUCCUGAUAUAUAGGCAGAGAGGAAGAGACUGGGCCUGGCACGGGCCAAUACGUCCACACCUCCUAAUUCUGUAAAUGGAAGUGGAGCUUUUCUGUCCUGACCUCCUAGUCCCAAAUACACAAAAGCUUAUAUUAAUUACAGAAUGCUCGGCCAGUUCAGGCUUAUUGCUGACUAGCUCUUACAUUUAAAUUAACCUAUUUCUAUGUAUUGCCAUGUGGCCAUGGCUUUACUGAUCCUCUGGUGUCUUGUUUCUUGGGCUGCUUGCUUGGGUCUCUCCUGACUCACCUUCUUCCUCCCAGUCCUCAGUUUGAUUGUCCCACCUAACUUUAUCCUGCCUUGCUGUAGGUUGAUCAGUGCUGUGGAUAUCGCUCUGUAUAAAUAAACACUGAUUGGCCGGUAGCCAGACAGGAAGUAUAGGCGGGACUAACAGAGAGGAGAAUUGAGGGAACAGGAAGGCAGAGAGGGAGACUGCCUGGAGCCGCUGACAGGACAAGCAAGAUGUAAGGUACCAGUAAGCCACAAGACUGUCGGGACUUGGUGGGACCCGGAGAGAAAAGCUCUCCACCUACAGAUCAACUUUAUUAUUAAGCAAUGAUAGUAAUACUUAUAAACAGUGUACAGAAGGAUCAUCCCAUAGCAUAAUUCUUCUCAAAUAGUGCCACUCCCUGGUAACUAAUCGUUCUUACUCAAACCACUACACCAAUCAAUAUGGAAGCUCAUCACAGAGAGAGUCUAAAUUUUUCUGCCAGUAGUCAUUAGUUGCCUAUAGUUAUUUGUCUAGGGGUGGGACCCCUCAAAAAUUUCUCCCUUCCAUGUUUGGCAUGUCCAUUGAUAUUGCCAUUCAUCCCAGUCUUAUUUAUGCAGCCAUUUCUAAGAGAGAUUGUUUCAUAGUAGACUUCUUAGUGUCCUGGCUUAUAGCAUGAAUCUUAUUUGGUCUGAAUAAUAAAAACCCAGAGUCAGAUAUAGGGGUAAAUGCUGAAAGAUCAGAGAGAAAAAGAAGCAAGCCACAACUACCACCUCUUACUGAAAGACCCUAACCCUUCAGGCUUACACCCCCCAAGCCCCAGGAGAAUAAGGAACUAAAAAGAAAACUAGUUCCAAGGGCAACCUGACUCAGCCAUCAUUCAACCACCCCUGCCACAAUGUAACAGUGUAAAGAGAUCUCUGUUAAGAGAUGCGCUCAACUGUGACUGGGAUAGUUGUAAGUGUUCCAGGAAGAACCAUUGUGACCUUUGUGUAAACUCCACUCCCGCCCUGAUACCCCCUUUGAGGUUUCUGGAAGAAUGUGCAUGCGGACGUGACUGUACCCACAAUGUGAGCACCCUGUGAUCAGGCCAUGAAAUUGUAUGGGAAUUGUAAUCUUAUGGCUUUUGUGGGUUUUUCCUUUAAAAGUACCCAUGUGAUUACAAUAGGCACGACUCUUGCUCUUUGGAGCUGAGUUAGCCCGACUGUACAGCUGCUUCUUCAAUAAACACCUCGUGCUGUUGCA